AUGGCCACCUCCUUACAAAGUAUUGGUUCGGAGACUGCCUGUAAAUCAGAUCAAACGGAGAUAGCAUUGAUCCGCCCACUAUUUGAAAGGCCGGCAGUGCAUGAAGCGAAUGUGGCGUCCAUCCGCCAUUUCAAUGAGUGGGCCUGCGAAAAGGUUGCUGCGGUUGGGGACCGCUUCUCAGAAGAAGACAACGGGCCCACCUCCGGAGAACUGACGCGAGAAGUAGACUGGCUCCUGGAUGAUGCUGUUGCUGCCAUGGACACGGACGACGAGCCUAAGACUCCUGCCACCUGGAGAGCGCUCAGCCGGCGCAUACGAGACGGCUCUGCCAAGCCGUCGACAACGAUCUUUUUGAGGGCCAGCAUCAGCGAACUAGAGCGGCUGUGGUCUUCGCGCCUGGAGCAGCGGGUUCCGUUCCAGUACCUCGUCGCGUCGGCGCACUGGCGGGACCUGGUGCUGGCGGUUCAGCCCGGAGUGCUCAUUCCGCGCCCGGAAACGGAACUGCUGAUUGACUUCGCCGAAGAGGCCCUAAAAGCCGACCCCAGCCUCGGACAGGGCCCCUGGGCCGACCUCGGCACUGGGAGCGGCGCGCUCGCCAUUGCACUCGCGCGCUCUUUCCCCGCGAGCGCGAUUUAUGCCGUCGACAAAAGCCCCACUGCAAUCGCCGUUUCCCGUCACAACGUUCAGAGGUACGGGCUGCAGGCCAGGGUGCACGUCAGGCCUGGCAGCUGGUUUGAACCCCUAGCGGAUGUCUCGGGAAGAUACGCUGGGGUGCUCAGUAACCCGCCGUACAUCCCGGCGGAGAACUUGGCGCGGCUGCAGAAAGAGGUGGGCGCGCACGAGCCGCGGCUGGCGCUAGACGGCGGCGCGGGCGAGGGUUUGGAGGCUUUUGCCGCGAUCUGCCGCGGCGCCGGGGGGGCGCUGCGGCCGGGGGGGUUUUUGGGGCUGGAAACGAAUGGCUGGGGGCAGGCGGAGCGGGUCGCGAGCAUGAUCGAACGGUCGGGGGGCUUCGGGGAGUUGUUUUCGUACCGGCGGCUGUGGUCGGGACAAGAGUACCGGCGGCUGCGGUCGGGACAAGAGUACCGGCGGCUGCGGUCGGGAAAAGUGGCGAGCACCAGCUGGAAUGAGACCAAGCUCUGCCCGCUGCCCGUGGCGUCUUCAAGCGAAGGGCAGCCACGAACAGCCCGUAGCUGCAGCCUCCGUUUCGGAUCGUUUUCGAAACGUCGAGACUUGUCGUUGCCAGUGGAAUUCCGAAGCAGCCUCGUGAAUCCGACUCUGUCUAUGUUAUGUUGCUCAAGUUCGGCCGAAGCAAACUGAUGUUUAUGACGGUUCGAGGGGUCGAGACGUCAAGAAGCAACAGUUGCUGAGCUCUCGGUUUCCGUCCGAAUCCAUAAACAAGGUCUGAUGCUCUGUAAGACGUGCUUGACGCCAGUCUGUGCUGCCGCAACCCGGUUGUGACCAAAUUCCAUGCCAGUGAGCCUGAUACUUGUACAACAUUUGCAAACACACGAGAGUUGAGCGGUGAUCAAUCUGAUCUGAUAGGAUAUCCUCCAGAUUAUGUUUCGCCCGGCCGGCAAACCCCAGCUAGAGCCGGCGACUUCAACGUGGG